AUCAUGUAUUCAUGCGUGAUGUUUCUGAGUGUUGGGAGCUUGGCUAAUCUGUGUUGGGAGAGCGGUGAGAGUUGUCAGUAACCUAACCUAAUCGCACAUUGCUUGGAAAACACGAGAAUGUUUAAAAUAGAAUAAGUGGAAGUAAUUUUCUAUAAAAACAAUAGAGAAUUUAUGAUAGCACAGCUGUAGAAAACUGUAGAAAACCAUGGCGAUGUUCGAAGUGUUGAGGAAAGACUACAGCGAUUAUUUGCAGCAGCAUUUCAAGCUGUCGGACGUCGCGUUGUUCCAAAAGAAGUGCGUCGAGCGUUGUGCGAAUGACAGCGACAGGAAAGCGGCGAUCGAUCAGGCGCUCCGGGACACCCUGCUGGUGGUACUGACGGAAAAUGCAUCGGGUAACGUGCGCGCCCUCGAGUCGUACAUCACGUUCUGUAUAGAGCUCUGCAGGAAGGACCUCGCGACGGCGAGUAUGCCGGUGAUGCUGCUGGGCGACAUCUUCGAUUCGAUGACGCUGGACAGAUGCGAGCAGCUGUUCACCUUCGUGGAGAACAACGUCACCGUGUGGAAGGAAGAUCUCUUCUUCACUGCCUGCAAGAAUAAUUUAUUACGAAUGUGCAACGAUUUGCUGAGGAGGUUGUCGCGUUCGCAGCAGACGGUCUUUUGCGGCAGGAUACUGCUGUUCCUCGCCAAGUUCUUUCCGUUCUCCGAGAGAUCUGGCCUGAAUAUCGUUAGCGAGUUCAAUCUGGAGAAUCACACCGAGUUCGGCGUGGAGAAAGCGGAGGAGGACGACCUGGAGCAGAUAACCAAAGACGACGACAAGUCGGAGAGCAAGAUACCAAUUGAUUAUAAUUUGUACAGAAAGUUCUGGGCUCUGCAAGACUUUUUCAGAAAUCCGAAUCAGUGUUACAAUAAAAUGCACUGGAAGGUCUUUUCAGCUCAUGCGUCUAAUGUGCUGUCAGCGUUUGCUUCGUUCAAAUUGGAGGAGCAGCGCAGUUACCCCACGACAUGCAUGAAGAUGGACACUUCUAUGGAAGGCUCCCAUAAAGAGACGCAUUAUUUUGCAAAAUAUUUGACCAAUCAAAAGUUAUUGGAGCUGCAGCUGUCGGACUCCAAUUUCAGACGAUAUGUAUUGCUGCAAUUUCUCAUUCUUUUCCAGUAUCUGAAUAGCACUGUAAAAUUCAAGGCCUUCCUUGCCAGUGGCUAUGAGACAAGUGAGACGCACGAACUCAAGCCGGACCAAGUGGAAUGGGUGAGGACCACUACCGAACAAGUCUAUACAUUACUGACCGAAACACCGCCCGACGGUGCCACGUUUGCCGAGACCGUGAAGAACAUCUUGAAACGCGAGGAGCACUGGAAUGCAUGGAAGAAUGAGGGUUGCCCGCCGUUCAAACGACCGGCGUCGGAUGUCGGUGACGAGGAGCCGCGAAAACCGAGGAGACUGAGACGACGUAUCGGUGAUAUGAUUAGAGAUGCGCAAACGAUUGGCAAAUAUCACAUGGGAAACCCAGAACUCACUAAAUUAUGGAAUUUAUGUCCGAACAAUCUCGAGGCAUGCAAAUCUAAAGAGAGAGAUUUCCUUCCGUCCUUGGAAACGUAUUUUGAAGACGCCAUAAUGGAAUUGGAUCCUGCUGCAAUGGUCGAUGAUAAAUAUAAGAAGGUGAACGAUGGCAACUUUGGUUGGAGAGCAUUAAGACUGUUAGCAAGGCGGAGCCCACAUUUUUUUGUUCACGGCAAUUAUCCUAUAAACAAAUUACCUGAGUAUCUUGAGACGAUGAUUAAGAAAAUUGCCAAGGAUCGUCCACAGACACAGUCUGAUGCAAAGUUGGAAACCGAGGAGACGCCGCCGUCGGAAUCGACCGAUCAAGAAUUCAACGAAGAUGUAUUGAAACAGGAAAGUGAGCAAGUUGACGCUGAAAGCGCUGACCUUAAAGCCAGAAAGUUGAACAAAGUUACACCGGAAAUGGUGGCAAAAUUAUCGGAAAGCCUGAAAAAUGACUGGAAAAAAUUAGCGACGAAAUUUGGUUAUACAAAUGAAGAGAUUGCUUUCUUCCAAAGCAAAGCAACGCCAUAUGAACAAUGCAAGACAAUGCUUGAGAUAUGGGCGGAAGAGGACGAGGAUGCAUCGGUCGAGAAUUUAGUUUAUAUUUUAGAAGGUUUAAAAUACACAGAGGCAUUAGCGGUAAUAAAAUCUUAAAAACUCUAAUUUAUUGAGUAAAAAUUACAUAAUUAUUCCGAUCAAAUGCAUACAAAACUGUACUAUAUUUUAUUAUUUGUAAUAAAGUUUUCAAUCUUCUCAUCA